CUUUCACACAACCGCAACUUACGACACAUAGACAAGGUUUAAGCGCUGGGUUAGUGGCGAAGGAGCUAUAUAAAUGGUGGAACCCAUUAUUCUUCGCUAUCUCACGACCACCAUCCUAGCCACCAUGAAGGAAUGUACUGAUGAAAUCCCUCUGAUCCAUAGAGCCGCGCUUGCAGCACUGUUGCAUUUCCGCACCGUCGGUGUUCCCGCAGCCAUCAAUGGAGAUCUCGCCUGGUAUCUCCUGCAAGCCAGCAGGCACACGAGGUGGCAUCUUGACAUCCACAUCGAAGGAGAUUGGGAAACACUUCUGUCGGCUACGAACUCGCUCGCCCAUGCAAAUCGUCGCUUCCGUAUUGACACCACGGAUUACCCAAAGUAUACACUCCUCGUGUACACGAAUGACGUCCAGAACCCCACAGGGAUCGACCUCAUAGAUGAAGAGCCACCGAAUAUCAACGAGCCACCAUCUCAGAGACGCGUCGACUAUUGCAAAGUGUUCUUCAACUGCGGCCUUGUCGGGACGCACAAUUUUUUCCUCGUGCAGCCGGGCGAUAUUGCACUCCUUCCUUUCCAGCUCCUUCUUCAGCGCCGUAUGCAUGGCUACACCUCUCCCCGAGUUAUCGAGUCACACGAAACAAGGAAAGGUCGCAUGCACCAAGAUGUCGCUGCUAUCAAAGCCUACCUCGCCAAAGACCCGAAACGAGAGCCCUGGUUCAUCCACUCCAACCAGCGACGUCCUUUCCUCCAAUUCUUAACCGAUAUCUGCACCGCCCUCCCUCACGCGAUAUCAGUAGCGCAGUACCUCGCUUUGUUGCCUCCCGGAUAUGCACACUUAUCUUCUGCACCCCAAGCGCCUCUCUUUGAUGCGUACCUUCCUCUCACCAAGAUACCUAUCGCUGCGAGGCGUGUGCCAGAUGUUCUCUACUCGUCUCUGCAUUUGCAUCAAGCAAAAGAGCAGUCCAAGCUGCGCAAAGCCAUGGUACAGUCCCAACUGCUCAAAGCCGCUAUACAUGAUCUACCGAUCUGUAUCCGUGCACUUGGGUACGCAUGCUAUCUCACUGGGCCUGGCGACGUACCCUGGUACGUCCUAGGGUACUCCAAACUCCCAUUGGAUUCCCGAAUCCAUUUCCUUGUCAUCCCAGUCCAUGAAGGCUCGGAUGUAGCAGACCUACGGAGGCAGUUGUGCAAGGAAGGACUCCUGGCGAAACGUUCCGGUGGCGGGUACAUCUUUGCCAAGUGCAUCGAGCAUGCUCCUUGGUGCCGGGUCACUAUCGAGCAGGUCGAUCCCCGUCCGGAUGUGGAGAUGGGUGUCACAAUGGAUGGCAUCCCCGUGUACAGUCCAAGUCACCUCGUCUUUGCCGAGCUUUCCGAGUGUGUCAAGCUCGCUGACAAGCCAAUGAAGAAAGAUUUCGAGGGAGGUCGGAAGGACAACCAGUUGCUCAGGAUCAUCCCUGCGAUCAGGGCUUUCGCGCGGGCGAAGAUGGAUUUACGUUCCGUGGUUGUGGACGUGGAGAAGCGGGAGGUGUUUGAUAGGUUGGUGAUGGACCUGUGUGCUUCGCAUCCUGGACUCAUGGAAGAUUUUGCGGCAAUCGGGUUUCGGGAAGUUCUUGGCAAGCGGGUAUCACAGUCAAACGAUGCCGUCGACGCCUUAGGUCCAUGAAUCAUAAUUGUAACGAAAGUAUAGAUGAGUUGUAUGUUUUCUUUGGAUGAGUAGUUUUAUAAAUCUGCGGUGAAUUUUGUUGAGGAACAUAACGCAUUCGACAUCGUCCGUUCCAACGGUUCGUAGUGAAAAGAGAUCCAACAGUCCUAUUAGCUUCAGCGUUCCAUGUUCAGCGAAGAAAGGAAAUAUGUCUUGCCGUGAUUUCUGAUAGGCGAACCACUGUGAUGAUAACCUCAGAAGUCAUUUCAGCAGCGGCAGGCAAGAUCUCUAGUAGACCUCACUACGGUCGAUCAAAUGUUACGCAGGUAUCCACAUAUUCAGGGCGAUACUGGGUUCCGGCGACCUUGCAUCCGCAACACGUAACC